CCUUUUCAGUUUCCACCAUAUUCGAUUUUUUGGCGGGGUAAAUUUGUUAAAGGCCUAUUUGUUUGUUAGACAGUUCUACCUUUGUGUUCAGAAGGAUUUACUUGGAGCUUUAUAUAAGUUCACCAACCUAGCAAUGACCUCACGUGCAUUUUAUGUCCUUAUUUAAGCUAGCAGAAUCGGUAAGCUUUUAAUUCAGGAUAGGCCAGUCGCAUUGGUGCCCGCUUAUUUGUGCGAGAAAUGCUGCUUGGAUAAACUUGACAAGCAUGUCUCUUCCACCAGAAAAGCUUCAAGAAUUGAAAGGAAUCAUCCAUAGUCACCUAGAUCGUAUGGAUAUUCACAGUAAAGUUCGGGAAUUCAUGUCAGAAUCUGCAAGAGACAAAAAUGAUGAUACUCACUAUGAACCAAUGGAUGAAGUAAAAUUGCUGAGGUCAAUCCGAGAUAAAGGAAUUAUCGACGAUGUCAUGAGAGGACUAGAUUUCAAAGGAUUGUCUGGAGCAGCCGGGCAAACUAAGGACGUACGCAGCAAAGAAUUCCAGAGAAAGCCAAAAGGCGAUAAUUGUUUGGCUGGUGGUGCAAAUUUAGAUAAAGAAUUUGCAGUCGAUCCAAGCAAAAGGUACAUAUAUUUGCAGAUACUUGGUGGGAAAGCCUUUUUAGAGCAUCUACAAGAUCCAGAACCACUGCCUGGAAGAGCAACUAGUACAUUUACUCUGUUUGUUCAAUAUAGAGAACAGAGGUUUAAGUCAAGGCCUGUUUCAUGUAGCUGUGAUCCUGAUUUUCAAGAAGGCUUUCUAAUAGAGGUUCAAAAACACCCAAAAGACCCUGGGAAAAUCUCUACAGCACCGUUACUGCUAACUGUCUCAGAUAAAGUUCACCUGAUUCUAAUAAAGAAUGAUUUGUCUGGUGAAAAGAGCCUUCUUUCUUCGCAUUUUUUGGAUUGGAGAAGAAUUUUAUCCUGUUCAGAUGGAAGAAGUAGCUUUGCACUUGAAAUGAAUGGUGUUGGUGCUGAAAACAAUGUCCCUGUUGGGGUGUUGGAUAUAAAAUUGUCAAUUGUUCCAAAAAUAUCAAAGAAAGUCACUGCUGAUGUAUUGUCAGGACAACUGAAUUCAGAAAAAAGUAGACUGUCAGAGAGAGAACGAUUAUUUUUGGCAUAUGCUAAGCAGUGGUGGAGGGAAUUCCUACAAAUUAGAGCAUCUCAUUCAAACAGACUUGUAAAGAUCUUUGCUCAGGAUGAGAAUGGUGUACACAAGCUGGCAUGCUCAUUUGUGCAACCAUUGCGAAGUGGGAGGUUGAUUGAUACUCCAAGACAGGCAGCCAGAUUUGUGUCUUUGAUUGGAUAUGACAAGGCUUCAACAAUUGGUGGUGCUCACAGUGAAAUGUGGACAAACAUGCUGUCUUUCUUGUGUACAGGAAAAGGGGACGUGGAUAAUCACUCGAUAUUGCUUUGCAGUCUAUUGCUUGGGUUCGGAUUGAAUGCAUUUGUUUGUAUUGGGACCAAGGCCAAGGGCAAAGCCCAUAGCUGGGUGGCUUCUAUUGGAACUGAUGGGAAUUGUGUGUUUUGGGAGAGCCUCACAGGUCAAAGAUUCGUUCAUCAGCCGAUCAACCCAGAUGAUCCCCCUGCUGUACGGCAACCAAAGCCAUCACAUGCUUAUGAAAAAAUUGGGUGUGCCUUCAAUAACAAGGAAUUUUACGCCAAUUGCCAGCCAAGUGACAAUGUGGAUUUAUGCAUUUUCGAAUUCAAUAAUGAGUCUCUUUGGAAAGGAAUGAGCCUUGAUGCCAUAAAGUCAGUCUGUGGGCCAGGGAUUUUGCCCUCGCCACGACAAUUAAUCACACUGCUUCCCCCAUCUGUUGACCCUGUCAUUGCAAGCAACGAGCUGGAAAUUGAUUUACGAGCUUUGGUCGUUGAGCACAGAAAUAAUAUUGGCAUGACUACUCAAUGGGACGAUGAGCUAUGCUACUUGCUGUCCCCUGCCCUGGCAGCCUAUGAGCAUGAGCAUAGUCUUGGUGUAUCUGUUGGAAAUGAGGAGUUUCAGAAUGCAAUUCGAAGGAAUGUUCCCGAUGGUCACACCUUCAAAGGGUUCCCAAUCCAGUUCAUCCACAGAAAUGCUGCCCGUGCGUUUGCAACUUGCCUCAGAUCCCCUAUUUGUGAAGAUAUUAUAUGUUGCCGUGGUGAUCAAGUUCGUCUCGCGGUCAGAACGCGGAUCUUCACGUACCCCGAAGAAACUAUGGCAGUAUGGAUAAUGUUUGCUGUCAAAUACAAAUCAAUACUGUAAAAUACCAAUUAUGAAGAAAGAGAGUCAUUUACACUCAAGGCAAUCAUAUUGGCCACGAUAUGGUAACUGAAGAUAUUGUCAAAGAACAUCGUACGUUAGAUCAUAAUAUCUCGAAUCUAGAAAUAUUGGCAAGGAGGUAACGAGAGAUCUUGUUACAAUGCGGUGCAGAUCUAACAAUAAUGCAGUGCAAACGAUACAACCAUUGAACCAAGGAGAAAAAUGCGAAAUGGCUCUUGUGCUACCAACGAAAACGGCACAGUUUUCUUGACAAAUAAACUGUAGUUGAAGACUUGAAGCCCAUUGUAUAUUUCAAUUAUUAUUGAAGCAACGUUUACCUCGUUGUAAUCAAACGUAUCGAUAUUUAAUUUUAUUAGGUUAUAUGUUUUUAUUAGUUAUAGUUUAUUUUACUUGGUAAGGGGAAAUUAUGAAAAUUACAUCCGGUUACAUCCCUUGGAGAUUCUCACACCUUAAGCAAUUAUCGUGGCUCCUCCGAAAGGGGUUCCCCCUCCAAACUUUUGAUAAUUUUCUUCUGCGGCUAACAAAUGUCAUAUUUUUGAGAAGUUCUUCUAGGACUGCCAAACGUCAAACUUCUGAUAAUUUUAUUGCAAGAAAACAACCUUCCAGAUGACUGGGUAGGUCUAAUUGUGUAAAAUAAUAUUUGCCUAAAAGUUGGUGCUUCUCUCCUCGAUUAGCUCAGCUACUUUGAGAGCUUCUUCUCAAGAACUCCCCUACAUGCAAAUACUUAAGUCGCGUUGCCUUCAUUUGCUUCAUGCAUAUUUGUUUGUGUCUGUGUGCUUUAUUUGUAAGCAGUGGAAUUUAGGUCAAAGAAACUGAACUGAACUGAAAUACCAUUUCCAUCUGAGGAUUAACAAUGCUAAUUCAGGUGAUAAUUGCUGUGAGUCUACUGAAAGUAAACAAAUGUUUCACUAUUGUCUUUUCUGGGUGCAUUUCUUUUUGAAUCAGAAUUGUUUUCUGCACUCUAAACUGGAUUUUUAGUUAUUCGGCUGGCAGACAUGCGGAAAUAUUCUAUAUAUCGUUCCAAGCUCAAAUUUUAAUCAUCCGAUCCUUCCUGGUAUUGAGAAACCACAACGAAAACAUUUUUAACAGUAAUAGAAGAGAAAAUAAUCCUAUUAUUUGCCAAGGUUAACACUUGUGGUCAUCUGCCGUCAUGAAGUAGCAAUUUAGGCCCACGUGCUGAGACCACGCUCCCUCCCACUCCCACUCCUACAACUCUGAGAGAGAAAUAUCAUCAGCUCACCUUUCAUUAGCUUUAUUGAUAAGUCCCCACAAAUACAGCAGCGAAAUAAAAAGCCAUCUUUCUAGUUCCUACAUUUAUUCUUUUGUUGGAAAUAUACACUCUUACCAGACUGUCAAGAUACUGUAGAACAUUCUAGUUUAAUCUCUCAUAUCAUUCUAGUAUAUUCGUAGUAUUAGUUCAAUUCUAUUUUCUGCAUCAAUAAGUACUUCCGCUUUCUCAAACCUUCUGGAACGAUACUUUUAUAGAAACUUCUAGAACAUUACAAUACACAUAUAAAAGAGCAUUGCUUUAUUAGGUUAGUUAGUUGUUCAUAGUAUUACCUCUGCGUUAAUCAAACUGCGUUAGUCUGUGAACACCUUCAACAUAUUUUUCAUAAGAAACAAAUGUCGAAGACGAAAAUCAAGCUUAUUAAUGUUGCUAUCCAUAUUUUUAAUGUUUUUGGAAGGGACAGAAAAAAUUAAAAAUGUUGCCAAAAAAUCGUUUGACUUUUAAUUAGCCGGUGAAAAUUUUUUAAGCGUUUUAUGUAGCUGUUUAUUUUUAUAAUGUUAGAACCCGAAUCCUUUGGGGUAUCUUGGUGAGUUUGUUAACUGUAGAAGGAAGUUUUAUGGUAAUGCUUUCAAAAAUUUUAGCAUCGAUGUCCAUUGAUUGCCCCGUGCACAUAAACGUAGGAAGCAGGGGGCAAAGGGGCUAUGUGUCCCCCCCCGCACUUUUCAGAAACAGUGGUAAAGUACUUUCUUGAAGCCUACAGAGAUGCCCUUAUUUUGACUACAUGUGUCCCCUCCCACUUUUAAAAUGCUUCCUAUGUCUAUGCCUUGUAUAAAUCGAUUAACUUCAAAGUAGUUUUUUCUCUUGAUAAAGGUUAGGCAACUCUCCAGUUGUGUUUCACCUCCAUUCAUUUGCAAACAGCUCUUCAUUUCGCCCUGUUGCCUGCCUCACUCUUUUGCAUCUUUUGAUUAGAAACUUAAGUAAAAUCAUCAAUGGUUUGCUUUCUAUUAUUUUUCAGGAAAAAGAAAAGUUAAAUUCCUUUCACUUUAUUUACUCUUGACAAUUUAUGCAGUUGCCUUCCUAAAAAUUACUGCAUCAUCGGGUAACCUUCCUUUAGCCGUGAACUCUUUGGGCGAGGGGAGCAGUGAAGCUUCAAUUUUUCUUUAAAAUUUUCCAGUAAAGUCUAGCUGAAAAGGUAUGUCUACCUAGUCUUCCCGAUCAAAUUUCAGGAAAAAUAACUUGUUUCACCAACAAGCAUCAGAAUAGAUCUUACAACACUUUUUUCGAUGAAAUUGGAACAAAUAUGGUUUUCCAGAAGAACACAGAGAAAACAAUUUAGACGGUGGGGCCUUUGUCUCUUCAGAAUUUUAAUGUGACGAGUUUCGCGGAGGCACAGCUUGGACUAGAUUGUUAAGGGAAAUCCCAAUACUUCUGAGGCCAUGGCGAUCGAUAAUCUUUCUGCAACUGAAAGUGACAGAAUUUCAGCACUAUUUCAGAAAUUCAUAUGUCGUGAAAGUCUCUGUAUCCGAAGUUAGAUUUGAAUUUGAUUUUGGCAGAAAUAUGCUUAUUUUGUAGAAAAUUUUGAAAUUGCACCGUUGAAGAGGAAUAUCAUCCAACAUGGAUAUCAUUGGCGAAUGCAUUCAAUUUUAGUGAAAAGCGCUACAAUAGAUACAUAGAAUUGCCUUACUCCUGCAUUGUAACAUGUUUAGUCCCCCACAUCAAUCCGUAAUAUGUUUCGCAGUCCCUGAUUCCAGAUCAUUAACUUUGUUAUAUUCUUUC